GAGAAACGCUGUUUGACACAAGCAGGAGCCUUCCAGCGGAUAUCUACACCCCGCUCCGUUUAUUGUUCAGUGCGACCUGAGCAGCCAUGACAUCCAAAGGUGCCAAAGAGACCAUUGUCUCCAGGCUGGGCUUCAAAUCCAGCAGCGGCAGCUCGACCUCCAAAGCCGAGGCAGAGCUGGACAAAGUCAGGAAGGAGAACGCUCACCUGAGGAAGAAGAUCGAUGAACUGGCCAAACGACACAUCAAACCACCUGACUCGGACAAAAGCAAGCUGCUGGAGAGGAUUCUUUCUCUUGAAACCCUGCGAGAGAGAAACAAUCAGCAGCUGCUGGUAAAAGAGCAGGAACUGGAGGCUGUGAGGCAGCAGCUGACUGCUAAAGGAGGAGAGGUGGUUGCGUCGCUGCAGGCCCAGCUGGAGCAGCGCAGGAAGGAGGCAGAGCAGAGAGACGCGCUGUUCCAGAAUUUGUCACAGGAGACGGAGAAUCUGAAAAACAAGCUGGCUACCGUUUCUGCCCGAUGCCAAUCCCUGGAAACACAGGUGGUGAAUGGACAGGACAUGACCCUCAUCCAAGAACAACUGAAAGAUGCUCUGGAGAAGAACCAGCAGUGGCUGAUGUACGACCAGCAGCGAGAGGCGUACGUCCAGUCGGUCCACGCUCGGGCGAUGGAGCUGGAGCAGCAGCUGACCCAGGCCAAGCAGGAGGCCGGUUCAGAGGGAGAGACGUGUACUGCUGCUGAUUCAGUCGGCCCGGAGAAGGAGUCCCAGCUGAAAAGCCACUUCGACCAAAAGCUGUCUGAGCUGCAGAGAGACCUGGAGAGGCACAGGGAGGAGGCCGCCAGGAGCAGACAGGAGCUCAGCGUGCAGAGGGAGCAGACUCUGAGAGCUCAAGCCGAGCUGCAGGCUCAGAAGGAGCAGGUCACCAGGGUUCAGGACGAACUGCUGGCACUGCAGAGGAAGUACGGGGAGAAGCGCGCCGAGCUGUCGUCCCUCCUCGGAAAGCACGAGGAGAAGAGCAAAGCGCUGGAGGACGCCCAGAUGCAACUGCAGGCCGAGCGGCUCGGCAACAGACACGCCGCGUGCGAGGAGAGGAAGGUGUCCAGUGAGCGGGCAGACAGGAUGCGGGCGGAGCUGGAGGCCGCCGACGCCAGAUUGGAGGAGGAGAGGAAGAGAUCCGCCGAACUCCUGCUGCAGGUAAAUAUGCUGCAGAAGUCUCUAAUCAGCCAAAAAGAAGAGCAGAGAAGAAUCGCAGCACUGGAGCAACAGAUCCAGCUCUCUGCCAAGGACUCGGAGAAUGAAAAAAUUGAUCGUCAGAGCAUGCAGCACCAGUUACAUAAGGUGCUGAAGGAGCUCCGCAAGGCCCGUGAUCAGAUUGCCAAGCUGGAGUCGGCUAAGCAGCCGAAUGCGCGUUUUUCAGAGCCCACCUCGUACAGCAGGCUGGAUUUCGAACGCCUCACUAUUGAUUCCCCUCCCGGGCCGACAUCCCCGUCGAAAGUCACCAGCCUCCUGGAUGAGAGUUUCCUGGAGUGCCCGAAGUGCCAGGCCUCGUAUCCCACCAGCCGCCACCGGGAGCUUCUGGCUCACAUCGACUACUGCCUGGCCUGAGCCGGCGCCGUAGCACGAGGUUAAGCCCUCCCUCACCUUCCAGUGAAGUCCGCCCGGCGAUGCCGAUAACUUCUCCUCGAGAUCAUUCAAUUCGUCGAGGCAAAUCAGGCUCUGACAUCUUUUUUUUUUACUAUUGCUCUUAUCAGUGUUAAAAUCUGAACCAUGUAAGCAGGCAGUUUCACAGAAAGAUUACAACAGUUUUUAGAAGUACUGCGAGCAAGCUACUUCGAGACCUUUUUAUUCUUUAUUUCAACAUGCAGAGGUUGAUUAAACUGCGCUGUUAGAAUGACUUUAAAACACAGUUCCUGCUGUCACAAUCAAGCAUACACUUAUUUAGACAUUUUUAUAUUUUAUAUAUUUUUAGAAACUAUGAACCUCACUUCUAUUUUUCUUCACUCCUCAAGUAAAAGGGACUUUAUUUUUUUUUUUUAUCUUUUCACAUUUUGCUUCCUAUUCUUUUUUGUGUUUAGACAUUCAUGUUUUGUAAUGUAGUCCCGUUUUGCAAUAUGAACACGUCGUCAAACCAAAGAAGUGAUCAUUUUAUCUUCCAUUGCAGUGUUUAUGCAGCUCUUGGGUAAUAUUGUUUUCAAACUGUGUGUAUUUGAUCUUAGUAUUUAUUGGGAUAAGAUUUUCUUUCUUUUUCGGUGAACUGCUGUGUCUUUUUUAAAAUGUUUUUAUUGUAAUCCAGUAAAUUAUGUGCAUUUAUCACUUUUUUUUUUUGGGGGGGGGGGGUGGAUGCAGCUUAUUUUAUUGUAUGGUAAAGUUUACAAACCUGUCCGACCUAUAAACCUGCUGUAAGCACGACAUUUAUCUACUCCGAGCCUCAAUAACUGACUUUUUGUGUGAUAUUUUUUUCUAAUACUGGUAAGAAAAUCUGCAUGGUUCUUUUGAAAUAGAAAUUACCCAGCAGCGAUUUGUUGUUUGAGCAGUGUUUAUGUGAAGGAUAAAAAUGUCUCUGAUCAUGUGGGGAGGGGUUUGUUUUGUGUGUUUUCUAGCCAUCCACCACUGCUUCACUUCUUUUAUUUUUUCUUGUGUUAUCCAAUAUGUGUGUGGCGUAAUGCUUCUCAUCUGUGCCUGCAAUCAUGACCGAGACCUUCCAGACCAACCGUACAGCCACCGUUCUGCCGAUCCUUAACCAGAUCUUCGAUACACCCGCUCCGUGGGGGGCUUAAGUGAUCACAUGCGGCAGGUCGUCCGUGUAUUCUUCCCCCGUUCGAGUGAAGCUCGCCGACAUCCACCACCUUGACUUUUCCAGCCUUGCAUCUCCGUAACGCUGGAAUGAGAUUGCAUGAGUUAAUUCCUUGUACUAAACUAUUUAAGGCAGGGAUUAGUAAAGGUUCUCUCGGCAGGAGGAAAAAGGGGUUAAGGUGUCUUCAUUCCUGCAGCCUUGGGCAAUGUGACUCCAUAGACUUAAGAUUUAGACGCUGCUGCUGUACAGCUCAUCCUAUAGGCCUUUCUUUUGUAUU